AUGAAGUGGUUAGGCGCGAGUAGUGCCGGAGCUGGAGGCGAGCCGGCACCCCCCAUGCAACUCCACCAUCCAUCGGCUAAUGGACAUUUAGCUACGGACACCGAAACUUGUGGUCAGGUUAUGGCCGGAGGGGACGCCGUACGUUUACCACCUGGACAGACACAUCCAAUUGGUGUAAAUCGAGUUCAAGAUGAACCCAUGGUUGGUUAUGUAUUUCAACGUCCAACGGAUCAAGAUUUUGGCGUUCAGACAUCUGCUUUCCAAACAAAACAAACCCCGCGGGCUUGGGCUUUAGCGGAUGAUGGAAUCAUUGAUAACAAUCAAGAAAAGUGGAAGUAUCCUAUGAAUAAACUCGGAGUACCACAACAGAGUCAACCUCAACAACUUGGCCUUCAAGCAAUGAAUAAUGUACAUAUGCCAUAUGAAAUUCAUCCCAUGCAAUUAAAAAGCGCCACCCCGGGAACAGAGCAUUUAGUUUACUUAAAUAACCAAAUGACAGCGCAGCAGCAAGUAGCAUUGUUUCAUCAUCAACAGCAGCAACAGCAACAACAGCAACAACAGCAGCAGCAAUUUAGAAAUGGACAGACUAGGCAAUAA